AUGGCACCGAAGAUUGUGGUUGUUGGCGGAGCGUUUGGUGGGUUGGCCUGCCUGCACCACCUGUGCAACUUGACCAGCUCGGAGGAUUGUGAGCUGCUUUUGAUCGAGCCGCGCGAGUACUUUGAGUAUACCCCAGGCGUAUUGCACAGCUUCGUACGCCCUGAGCGGCACCAACGCCUCAUCUUUGACUAUGAUCAGCUUCCGCGCCGCAUCCAGCACAUCCAGGCCUACUUAAAGGCCGUCAACACCGACAAGAAGCAGCUGCAGCUUGAGACCGUCCAAGCGAAUGGCACGUCCAGCGAGGCUUGUCUCGACUACGAUUUCCUGGUUCUGGCAACCGGCUUUGUGGACUACUCUGACGCCAUCAUUAUGCCUCGUGCGCACACGGUCAUUGGACGACAGCAGAUCGUUGAGGCAAGAAAGCCGCUUUCAUUCAGUAUGGCUUGCAUGCUGGUCACUCACCUGACCCUGGAGCACCUGCUGACGGAAAUGCCCCCUCGAGCGCGCACCAUGGCUGAAGAUUGGCUGCGACAACAUGGAUGCCAUCUACAUUGUAAUUCACGGGCACGUUUGGAUGGAAUUGAAACGCUUCCAGACGGACGCAUGCGGUUACCCCUGGAGCAGAAUAAAGACCUGACCUUUGACUUGGUCCUUGUGUGCACUGGCGGACGCAAGGUUUUGCCCGAGUAUGCCAAAAACUCGCCGGCUUUACUUGCAGCGGCCUCAUCAUACGGUAGCCUGCGGGUCAACCAGCACUUUCAGCUGCUUGAGGCCGAUAACAUCUAUGCCUGCGGCGACAUCUGCGAACAUCCUGGGCUUGCGGUGCGCACGGCUCAGAUGGCCAACUGGGGGGGCAUGGCCGUGGCUCAGCACAUGGCAGAACAGUUGACACUCUCAUCCAGCUGGUGCAGUGUUCGCCAGCAUCACGCGUGGCCCACCUUUCUGGGGCAUGAGCCCAGCAACUGGUCGCGCGUGUAUAUCGUGUCACUCGGCGCGCAUCAAGGUAUCGUCAUCAUGCAGGAUACAGUCAUGCCCACGACAGCAGGCUUGUACAUGGGUGGCUUCGGCAAAUGGUUUAUCGAGCGCACAAAGGUCAUGGAGAGCCGGGGCGAUUGCUUCGGGACUUGCCUCUGGCAAAUCGGCGACAGCAUUGCCGCCUGCUUACGCCCUUUGGGAUUUUAG